AAAGAAGAAGGAUUCAUUGGCGGACGUCCCUCAAUGAACUCCUGCGACUUGCGUUUAUUCUCCUCCGCCUCCUCACGAGAGAACACGAUUUACACGGAUUCUCAGCUCCGUAACGUACUUGGUUCAUCAUGCCGUCUAAUAAGAAUGUACAAGGUGGGAAGGCGUUUGGAUUAUUGAAAGCGCAGCAGAGGGAGAAGCUAGAAGAAGUGAACAGGGAAUUCAUGGAGGAUCAGAAGUACAGCGAUGAAGAGGAUUUGGCAGAGAAGCUGGAUUCCUUCAAAAAUAAAUAUGCAGAAUUUGACCUGAACGACCAGGGAGAGAUCGAUAUGAUGGGUCUGAAGAGAAUGAUGGAGAAGCUUGGUGUGCCCAAGACCCACUUGGAGAUGAAGAAGAUGAUCUCGGAGGUGACUGAUGGCAGCAGCGACACCAUCAACUACAGAGACUUUGUCAAGAUGAUGCUGGGGAAGCGCUCAGCUGUGCUGAAAUUGGUGAUGAUGUUCGAGGACAAGGCUAACAGCCCUGCCUGCAAACCAGAUGGUCCGCCACCAAAACGUGACAUCACCAGCCUACCCUAGAACAUCAUGGGAGCAGAGACCACCAGUUCUCACCUAUUUCAAAUCCAGUGGGCUGUGAGCCUUAACCAACAUCAUUUCUAAGAACCUAAGGGAAAAUCUGUGGUUUAGAGAAAGUUGGAGGGGAUAAAUGCCGUAAAAAAAACAAAAAAAAAAAAACGAAGAGAUAUCUAUAUAAAUUUGCUGUGAAGAGGUCAAACCGCAGAUUAUCUUUUUUUAUAAGACAAGAAAUGUAUAUAUUUAUAUGGAAAUAGGUCUUUUUGAAGUGUACUUAUUCCUUUAAAUGGAGUCGUUUGAUGAAAAUGAACAAAGUGUGUUUGUUAACAGUGCAGUGUGUAACAUUUGAAUGUGUAUUAAGUCUAGUGUGUGGGAUAAGACCAUUGUUUUUCUGAAAACGUUACAAUAUUUUAAUUUAGAAUUGAGGUUAAGGUGUUCGUCUUCCCUUCCACAUGUUUAUUUUUGAGUGCUUUUGCAUUAGCCAGGUAAGUUAAAUGAAAGCAUUUGGUCUUAAACAAUCACUAACCUUUAGCUGCAAUGUCUAGUCAAGUAAGUUGUAAGGUAAUGCCAAUUAUACCUAUAGGCCAUUUUAUAGGAGGACAGUUGGAGGCAUUUACACUCACUGGCCACUUUAAUAGGAAAGUGGUGCCAAACAGGCUGAUUUGCAAUAAGAGACCAGACCGGAUUGAGCUGACAGGAAGGCUACGGUAACUCAAAUAACCACUCUUUACAACGAUGGUGAGCAGAAAGGCAUCUCAUAAUGCAUAACACCAAACCUUGAGGUGGAUGAGCUACAACAGCAGAAGACUACUUCAGGUUCCACUCCUGUCAGCCAAGAACAGGAAUCUAAGGGUACAGUGGGCCUGUGCCUACUAUAGUCUCAGAUUCUAUGAUAUUUCCAGGAGAUCAGCAGUUUCUGAAAUAAUCAUAAUAAGUCACUAAGAUCACAAUUUUCUCCCAUUCUUAAGCAUAAGCAAACCUUUUUUUUUUUUGCAUUGUGUUCAUAUGCAGUUGUUCCUAUUAAAGUGGACAGUGAGUGUAUAUAUUCAUUUAAGUUCUUUUAAUAUUAUAGGGAAGUUUUUUUGUUUUGCUUUGUUUUUUUGUCGUCUGAAUUUCCAUUACAGAAAGGGGCCAAGAAAGCAAAGGAGGAUUCUCAGACUUUUACUAAAUGAAUAAGUAGCAGGUUUCAUUCCUUCUAGCUUAAAUACCUCAGCCAUCCGUUUGUACUUGUGUUUUUUUUGUUUAGUUUUUUUGUAUUUACUUUUCUAGGUUCUCCCCCCCCCCCCCCCCCCCCCGUCUGUGCGACUUGUCUCAGUUAAAAUGUGAUUAGUAUUUUAGUGAAACACUGUUAGCUAAGCACAAAACAAUGUAUAAUUUUUUCCACACAUCUAUGGUCCAUUUUAUGUUGUCAAGGCCAAUGCAUCACACUUGGAAAAAUGCCAUACUUCUACAUGCUUUUAAACAGGGUCACCUUCUGCUUACUGUAAAUUGAGUUGAAAUCAGGCUUUCCAAGUGCCUCCCACAGUUCUGAUGUAGCCAGUGUACACUCGGUGUACAAAAUAGUUGCGGGUGGAAAUGGAAUUUUUUUAUUUAUUCUUCACGCCAACAUGCAUCUUCUGCUCAGUUCAUUGAUUGUGAUGUUUUGAAAGCCUUUCCAUUUGUACUAUUUAUUUCAUAAUUCUUUAUAUUACUUAUCAGAAAUUCCUAACUUGGUAGCUAGUUGUAACAAAAGAGGCUGAACUGUUUUCUUUCCACAUUCUCAUAUGUAUCUCUUGGCAUAUAGGCUUUUGCAUUUCCAAUCAUUUUAUAAUUUUAUCCAGUCUGUGUAGAAACUGUGCGACUGUUUUGAUUUUUUUUUCCCCCAUUCCUGUUUAAGUGCAAGAUUUUAAAAUCUAAAUUAGCAGUCGCACUGUGUUUUGUUUUUUUUUUUUUUAGAAUUUUUAGAUUAUUAUUAGUUUGUUCUUUCAGAAUAAUUAUAAAUGCAGGCAUUUUUUUAUACUGUAGGUCACAUGGUUUCGUUUGUCUGUUUGUUUGUUUUUUGCAAACACCAAAGGAAAUAAAGAUCAUAUGGUGACACCUUGGAAA